UCCUCUUCUGCCCCACAUGGAGCUGAGCGGCUCGACACAGCUGUUUCACUGAGGAUGGAUGCCAACAUUGUUGUUAUGGGUACAGAAAGCGUCGGAAAGUCAGCGCUGACUGUGCGGCUCUUAACCCGGCGAUUCAUUGGAGAGUAUGGAGAUAUUGAGUCCAUCUAUAGUCACAGUUUUAUGGUCGAUGGGAGGGAGACCACUCUCAAUAUUUGGGAUUCACCUUGUUCUGAGGAUUUGUCUGUGGAGACGUCACUCUUCGAGAAAAAGGUCCAGUGGGCGGAUGGCUACGUCCUCGUCUACAGCAUCUGCGACAGGGCCAGUUUCAAUAGCGUCAGCAGGCUCAUUCAGACCAUCAAGUCCACCAAAGACUACCUGAACGCAGACAAAGCGCCCAUAGUGAUUGUGGGUAACAAGAGGGACCUGUGCCACAGGCGGACAGUGCUGAGCGAGGAGGGCCGGCUGCUGGCUCUCAACACAGACUGCCACUUCUACGAGGUGUCAGCAGCCGAGAACUACCACAGCGUACUCAUGGUGUUUCACGGGUUGGUGGACAGGAUGAAGGACACCAAGAUGACCAUGAAGAGGCCUCUGGGGUUCAAGGGCAUAGUGAAAAGCAUGUCUGCUGUGUUUGCUAGGAGACGGACAGACUCCUUUUAAGUAAGACCAUGAAAGAAGAGGACGGAGUUUUCUAUGAAUCUGCAUUCGACUGGAUGGAUAUUACAGUGUCUGUCCGUGAAAUGUUACCAGGUGUGUCACAUGUUACUGUGCCAAAGGUAACAAUAACGCCUCCAGAGGCAGAGACACUAGAGAAAUGGGAACUUCUUCUCAGUAAAGAAGUGUGGAAAGACUCCAGGGAAGAAAAAAGCCAUUAAAAUUCAGAAAACAUGGAGGCAAUGCAAUGUGACCGAGGUUACAGAUGUUUUUUGGUGACAGGUUAUGAUUUUAGCUGCACUUCAAGCUGCACAAGAUAAAAUAGUCUUUCUUAUUUUACAGAUAUUUAACAUGUAACAUAUUAUUGUGUGCGACAAGGAAGGCAAUAUGUCUUAAGUUAUGUUUUCUGUUUUACAGAUUGUAAUCAAUUCUAUGCACAAGUUAAAUGUGCCUUUACUUAUGAUGCAUAUGCUAAAGAGAAAAAGCUCUUCAAACCACAAGUGAAACCUUUGUGUUGCUUGAAAAAAGUAACUAAAAAAUGUCUUGCUCAAUCCUGUUAUUAAGACUUAAUAAAACACAAAUAUUUGUAUUUAUUCAAGUCUAAACGCUGUAAAGCAAAAAAAGAAACUGUUUUCUAUAUUUAUGAGCUUUCCCAUGUUUAAUUCAUUGACUAUAUGUCAUGUACUGAAAUGUAUUGUUUGUCUAAACCCCGUUUUACAGCUCAUAAGGAUUUGAAUAAAACACAAAAUGU